AUGGAUCCGGAGCAUCUCGAACAUCUCGAGCAUCCCACCAACAACGGCGACCCCAAGCCACGAGCCGUUCCCGAUGACCUUCCCACCUCCUUGGACGAUCGAAGACAUGCCCCGGUAGAGGAUUACAUUCGCGAGACGGAAAUGUACGAUGGCUGGCAAGGUCAAUCUCAGUUUCUCACGACGCCGGCGUUGGCGAAACCACUAAACUUUGGCAACUUGUCUCUAAAUGACGACGAUUACGGACACGACCUCUCCAAAGCCCCCAAGGAUAGCGACACGCGACUUAUGGAGAUGCUGCAAGCACAGGCAGCAGCUCAUCAAGCUGGACAUGGACUCGAAGACGAACAGACCAUUGUCAAUGAUGACAAGUUGUCUGACUCCGAGAAGAAGGAUAUGCUACAAAAGGCAAUGACCAUGGCAGCUAGCAAUGGCGAUGUCGGAAAAGUCAAGAGGCUUCUGGACGGCACUGUCAAGUCCUUUCUCGAUGUCAACGCCGCCGACGAAGACGGAACGCCGCCGUUGAUAUACGCUAGUUGCUUCGGACAUGAGAGCGUUGUCAAAGCACUAAUCGAUGCCGGCGCCGAUGUCAACAAGCAGGACCAAAACCAGUGGAGCGCUCUUAUGUGGGCAAUGACGAAUCGACACAAGGGGAUCGCAAAACUGCUUUUGGAUAGUGGUGCAUCAUCAGAUCAGAAGACAUCAUCCGGCAGAACAGCCUUCGACUUCGUGCCUCCUGACAGCGACAUGUCCUUUUACCUGCACGACAAUGGCUACAAUAUCGGAAAUGCCGGGAUGGGAGACGACUUUUACAACCCGGGUUUCUCCCAGGAUCGCUUCGAGGAGGAAAUGGCAGAGAAUGAAAUGCGCAGACGGCUAAUGAUGGACAGCGCCAGAGACUUGGAAGUUGAUUUGGGCAACGUUGGGAUAGACGACCAGCCCGAGCCUGCCGAAGAGUUCGAGGAGGAGCAGGCAGAGUUUGAAUGGGGCCGUUGCCUACACGAUCAAAUGUUUGUCUUCCAAGAGCACGAACUCGAUCGGAUACUCGACAUCAUCAUUACAAAAAUGACGCCACAGCGCUCACCUUCCCAAAAGCCUGUCCCAGCCAACAUGAUAUUCCUCAGCGCCAGAUAUGCACAUUACCACGCCAGCCCUGAGCUGUUGGAGAAGCUGCUCGUCACAUCUAUGGACCUGAUCAACGACGUAGUGGAGAGGUGUCAGUGGGACAUGACGAUAUUGGCAUUCUGGAUUUCCAACGCGACGCUGUUACUACACUACCUCAAAAAAGAUGCAGGUUUAGUGGAGGCGACUGCAGAGUUUCAAGCGCACCUUGCUGAGCUCAUCAAUGAAAUCUUCAUUCUCAUCGUUCGCGAUGCUGAAAGACGCCUGGACAAGGUUCUGGAUGCUGCUAUGCUUGACCACGAAACCAUCCCCGGAUUCGAGGACAUAACCUUCCAGAACGAAUGGAAGCUCUUCAAACGGAAAACAACGGUAAAGGAGGAACCUCUUGAGAAGAGGUUCCGACCGCCCUCGCCCAAACAACGCGCAAAACCGGCUCCACGGAAUGUGACAUCCCUCCUCUCCUCGACGCUUUUCGUCCUAGAUCUCUACGAUAUCCAUUCGGUUAUCACAGCUCAGAUAGUCUCCCAAUUAUUAUACUGGCUGGGCGCAGAACUUUUCAACAGAAUCAUGUCCAACCGGAAAUACCUGGCGAGGACAAAGGCUAUGCAGAUUCGAAUGAACGUGUCUAUUCUCGAGGAUUGGGCGCGAACAAACAAUCGACAGGCCGAGCACUACGAAGGCGGCGACACAAGGGCCUCCGGAGAGACGACCAUGGACGCUGCCAGACGGUUUCUCGCACCUGUGAUUCAGCUUCUGCAGUGGUUGCAAUGUUUCUCGUCACUUGAUGCAGACGAUUUGGAAGCCCUCGUGGGCACGCUCCAACAGUUGAAAAGACUUACACCACAACAGCUAAUUCAUGCGGCCACGCAUUACCGACCUGAAGUAGGCGAAAAGGGGUUGCCUAAGAGCGCAAUGAAGUACCUCGUAGCCAUUCAAAAAGAAGCAGCCCUGAAACGUGACAGGCGCCGCAGCCGAGCGACAUCUCCGCUACCAAAGUCCGGCCAAGACAGCAGUCCCACGACGCCUGUUAAAAGCAAAUCCAACGGCGGCAGUUUGCUCGAUACGCCGGGAAGCAUACAGAGCACACCGAACCCCAACGACCACGACGGGUCAGACGACGAAGAAGACGCACCAGAGAACCUCCUAAUGAACCCGGCUGUGAUGUUGCCGUUUACAUUACCAUCUGUUACAGACAUGCUGGUGUCAUACGGCGCAGGAUUUGGUGGUGUCAACAGGGAGCGGGAAAGAAAAUACAUUCCCUCUGUACCGGCUGAGUUUUUGGAGAAGCUUGAAGUAAGCGGGGUGAGGAAGGAACCAAUGUUUGAGGAGAAGGACUGGGAGAAUGAAGAAGUGUAA